UUUUUUUUUUUUUUAAAGAUAGGAUUUUUUUCUUAGCCACUACAAUUUAUCAGUUCACCAAUGUAGGAUACUUGCGGUUUAUACUUCACCCUGUUUGAUAAAAUGCCUCAAAUAAAAUUUUUGUGUUAACCAGUUGCCUCACCAUCACUAUUGUUCAAUUUAUUUGAGGAUUCUCUCCUAUAAAAAAGCAAGCAUAGUUGCUGGAACCAGGAUAGAGUGUUGUAGAAUAGAAGCCCAAAUAUUUAUUACUCUCCCAUGGCUGUUAAAAGCACUUCUGGGGAGCCACUUCUUUCAAAUGGAAGUUUUGACCAUGGCUUCUCCAAAAGUGCUUCUUUGGCCAAACUAUUGCUCAAAUUUUUGAUGUGGGUGUUGUUCAUAACUUGGGUUGCUGCCAUUUACUUCUUUUCAACUGAAUUUGUGCACAAUUUGUUCUCCAAAUGGAUCAAACUUACCGAAGGAACAAUCUUUGGAAUCACAGGAAGCAUUUUCCUCGGAUUUAGCGCGCCAAUUCUGAUCAUUUCGUUUCUCGCGUUUAUCUAUGUCGCCGCCUUCUCGAGUGACGAUUUCGGGAAGAAGAAGCAAAAAUUUCCGAGGUUUCGUCUUUGGACAUUCCCUGUUCUUGUUGACGGACCAUUUGGAGUUGUCUCUGCUGCAGAGUUUAUUGGCAUAACACUUUUCAUCGUAUACGUAGUCUGGGCGAUUACUUCUUACAUAAUACAAGCAAGUAACAUGGUUUCAGGGUUUCCAUUUCCUUCAAAAGAGAAAAGUUACUUCAUGUUAGAGAUCAUUGGGCUUCGGCUAGGCUCAAUUGGAUUAUUCUGCAUGGUUUUCUUAUUUCUUCCUGUAGCAAGGGGUUCAAUUCUUCUUCGUUUAAUAGAUAUACCAUUUGAGCAUGCGACGAAAUACCAUGUUUGGCUUGGACACCUUACCAUGGCUCUUUUUACGUUACAUGGCUUAUGUUAUGUGAUUUCAUGGUCAUUACAGGGCCAUCUUCGGCGAGAAAUGCUAGAUUGGAAAGACAUCGGUGUUGCUAACUUUCCUGGAGUAAUUAGCUUGUCGGCAGGUCUCUUAAUGUGGGUGACAUCACUGCAGCCUGUGAGGAAGCAGUUCUUCGAGCUCUUUUUCUACACGCAUCAGCUAUACGUGAUCUUUGUAGUGUUCUUAGCACUGCAUGUCGGCGAUUUUAUUUUCAGCAUGUGUGCUGGAGCAGUUUUCCUCUUCAUCCUUGAUCGUUUUCUGAGAUUCUGCCAAUCCCGAACUAAGGUCGACGUCAUUUCCGCGGCUUGCCGUCCGUGCGGCACAAUAGAAUUGAUACUUUCAAAGCCGCCAAAUCUUUGUUAUAAUGCUCUGAGUUUUAUUUUCGUUCAAGUACGCGAAUUAUCAUGGUUGCAGUGGCAUCCCUUCAGCGUAUCAUCCAGUCCUUUGGAUGGCAAAUACCAUAUCUCAGUUCUCAUAAAGGUACUCGGUACGUGGACUGGUGAACUACGUGAUCUCAUUUCUAAUAUCACGGAACAGCCACAAAAUGACUCCGAGCCGCAACCUAAUCGAAUAACCGCGUGUGUUGAAGGGCCUUAUGGGCAUGAAUCACCUUACCACUUAAUGUAUGAAAAUCUGAUUCUAGUAGCUGGCGGCAUCGGUAUAUCGCCCUUCUUGGCCAUAUUGAGCGACAUCAUUCACCGGAUCAGCGAAGGGAACCUUUGUUUGCCGAAAAACAUUUUGGUUGUUUGGGCCGUCAAAAAAUCAAAGGAGUUUUCUCUCCUUUCAGCAGUAGAUUUGCGAUCCAUUUCUCCGUCUUUCUUGGAUAAAUUGCAUCUGGAUAUUCAAGCUUUCGUGACUCAAGAAUCAGAACCUCCAUUGGAAGAGGGUAAGGUUGAUGAGAACAUUGAGUUCUCCUCCAUCUGCGUAAAAAAUGGAAGCUGCAUGUCGAGUUUGGUCGGUACAGGAAAUAAUUUCUGGGCUGGAACAUAUGUAAUUCUAUCUACUCUUGGAUUCAUUGUGUUAUUUGGUUUGGUGGAAGUUUAUUACAUCAAACGCUUCGGUAUAUUCGCUUGGUGGUAUCGAGGGCUCUUAUUCACCUUAUGCAUGAUCGCGGGAGUCGUUUUUGUCGGCGGCAUUGUUGUUUUCCUGUGGCAUCGUUCGGAAAAGAGGAACUCGAGCUAUGAGAAUUUGGCGGUCGAUGAUAACAAGAAAAGCAACAUAAGUAUGUGCAAGGAGGCGACGCUAGUUGAUGAGACGAGUAAGGUGAAUCUCGCGAGCUUCCAGACGACUCGAUACGGGUGCAGGCCUGACUUCCAAGCAAUAUUUACCACCUUCGCGGAACAAAUGGGGCCUGUUGAUAUUGGUGUGAUAGUAUGUGGUCCGCCUGGGCUUCAGUCGAGUGUCGCGAAAGAGUGCAGGUCUCAGAAUCUCAGGGGAAAACGGAGCGCCGCAGUUUUUCACUUCAACAGCCACAGCUUUGAUCUUUAACUACCUUUUAUCUUUCUAGUCUUGGGAGUGUAUGUAAUCUACUCUGUGUAUAUAUAUCUACUCUCUCUCUCUCUCUCUCUCUCUCUCUCUCUCUCUCUGGGUCUGUAUAUUACAGUAUAGUACCAAUACAUUGAGAGGUAAAAGGAUUAGAAUCUUUGGAUUAGUAAUCAAGUUUAUAGCUUGAUUGGUAAAUGAAGUUGAAGUUGAGUGGCAUAUGCUGAAAGAGGCGACUCUCUCUCUCUCUCUUUUAUAUAGAACACUCUAGAGUGCUCUAGAAACAAGUGUUCUCUCUACUUGCUAAUAGAACACUCUAGAGUACUCUAGAAAUAAGUACUCUCUCUCUUUAUGAAAAACUCUAGAAACAAGUGCUCUCUACUUGCUAAUAGAGCACUUUAGAAAGUUCUAGAAAAAAGUGCUCUAGAAUACUCUAGAGUACUCAUGUAUGUAGGUUGGAGCCUAUAAAUAGGUGAGGCCUCCACACCAAGUGGUAGAGUGAAGAGAGAUGAAGUAGUGACGUAAGGUGUGAGUGGUGUGUGAGAGGAAGUUGUGUGAGUUAGUGUGUGAGGCUUGUAGUCUUUUGGGUGUAUAUAUUAGUGAGUGUGUGAGUUAGAAUAAUUUAUAUGUGAGAGUUAUUUUGUCUGUAAUAAAGAGAGUUUUAUUAUUAGUUUGGUA